GGAGUAGCUGUAGAAUUACAUGUUGUAGCUAUUCGUAUUUUUUCAAUUUAUAUAACAACUGCAUCAUUAUUAAGAACAUAUAAACAAACUAUUGCCACUCCAAUUAAUAUACAAUAUGAAGAAAUGAAUCUUGAUGAAAAUACAGAAGAAGACGCAGAAGAGGAGAUUCAGGUGGAUAUUAAUCAAUUAGAAAUUGUUACCUCU